AUUGUGUGUGUGUGUGUGCGCGCGCUGUUUUCUGGGCAUUCAGCACCACGACUGCUUCAGCAGCCAUACAAAGUGCUCGGCUUUAGCAAAAACAAACCAACAAAAACUGUACAGAGCAUUACAUGAUUCAACCUGCAUAAUUUAUAACGGUUCUCUGAGUUGAUAGCUUUCGAACUGCUGUGAAAACGUCAUUAAAACAUUUCAACGAUUGCACUUUUUUUAAAUUAAUUAACUUAUUAUCGAAAGUGACGUGUGCUCAGGUGUGUAGUCCGUCUGACAAUUGCACUUUUAGAAAACGUUGGGGGGAGGCGAAAGAUUCAAGUCUCCCAAUGAGACUAAUGGAACAGCGGGACUUGGAAGACAUCAAGAGAAAAGCGAGAGUUGGGUGGGAAAGGGAUCAUGUGCAAAAUGAAAAAAGCGCCACCACCAACAAGGGGCUGCACUGCGCCAAAGAACUGGACGAGCAGACAAAUCUCUGGCGCAGAUCAUGCUCCCCCACCAGGUUUAACAACCCUCAUCCACCCGAUGUGUUUUUAGUAACCCGGCUUCAUAGCAUCCCAGGGUACAUGGCUAAUGUACGACUAGACGCUGCUUCAAUUCCAAGAGGUUCAAUGGAUAAAAAGACUGAUGAUAAAGACCCACCAUCGAAUAGCAACAUCAUCCAGGCCCUGUCCAAACAUAACCUUGACUGUGUUAUGUCAAGGAACCGAUGGCUGAGGAAAGCUGGGAAAGAAGAAACCACAGCAGUAGAAGAGCUGAUAAAAACCCGUUCCAUGAACCGUAGGGCAGUUCCGACGUGUUGCCCUCACUUUCAUGUCACCAGCUUUGACUCGCUUGGGGUGAAGCAUCUGAAGCCAAAGAUUUAUGAUUACCAGAUUAGCCCGGAGUGGGUGACACAGCCCUGGCACACCCAGUACCGCCAGGGCAGGGACUAAACCCUGCCUCCCAGAGCUCACCAACAAUAACCCCACUAACAGUUUAAUCAACAGAGGCACAUUAAAGGGUUACAGCUGUCUGAAGAGGUGGGGAGUGGAGUGGUUUGUCUUGUAAAAUCAAUCAAACAAAUACUUUUUUGAUUUUAUUGAAGUUAAACAAAAAAAUAAGUUAAAUAUAUGACCUUGUAUUGUAA